AUGCCAGCGGACGCCGAACUCAGCAGCCUGCUCAGCAGGCGGCAGAGGAUCAACAACGAGCUCGAGGAAGGCAAGGAGGUGAAGAAGCAGUACAAGUUCGUGAACGUGUACACCGAGUUCCACGAGUUGUCGCGCCGCGAGAUCAAGCAGUACGAGCAGACCUUCAACAGAUUCGAUGAUGGACGUGAUGGUUACCUGGAUCUUUCUGAACUGAAGCGAAUGAUGGAAGUUUUGGGUGCACCGCAAACACAUCUGGGACUCAAGGCGAUGAUUCAGGAAAUUGACGAGGACGGCGACGGCCGCAUAUCCUUCCGCGAGUUUCUCCUGAUCUAUCGCAAGGCACGUGCUGGUGAGCUAGAACAAGACUCCGGAUUGAGCCAACUGGCUAGACUCACCGAAGUUGACGUUGAUGAAGUCGGUGUUACCGGAGCUAAACACUUCUUCGAAGCCAAGAUUGAACAGCUCAGGAAGUCUUCGAAGUUCGAGGACGAGAUUCGCAUGGAGCAGGAGGAACGGAAGCGAGAGGAGGAGGAAAAGGCGGCGAGGCGAGAGCAAUUCCGACAGAGAGCCGCGAUCUUCGGCAAAUAAUUGCACGGCAAAAAUCACGGAAGAGCGGCGGGAGCAACCGGCUCGAUUGCUCGUCGUUAGAAUGCGAAGACGGAUUGCCUUGAAUUGUUUAGGUUUAUUUCCGAUACUCGAAGCCAGUCACGCGAUAUCGGCGUCGUCAACGACCGAUGCCGUAAAACAUUUAAGUGCGACGACUGGAAUCGCGCAUUGGCGAUUGUUAGGAAGGAAUUCGAGACGAGGAUUGAAAUCACGGUACGGUUCCGAUGAAUUCAACCUUCAGCGUGUUGAUCUGAAUGCGCGGAAAAGAAAUGCCGAUUGUUUCUGCCUUUACGAACGAACGAACGAACGGAUCAGUUUUACGUGCUCGAAUGGCAUUGAGCUCAGCGAAAUUGCGACGCUUUCGAUCCUCGAUUCGAAGACCGCGUGGAAUUCUUGCUAUGCCACAAUUCGGACAUAAUGAACGUUGAAUUAUUUCCACAAUUCCGGGAUUGUUGAUAAUUAUAUGACAAGAUAUAGGUAUGUACAAUAGAAUAAUGAAAACUAUAGAUAUUUUGGAUUGUCAAAAAUUUUUAUUUUUAUUUUCUUUAUUUUAUUACGUUAUUGUUUGUUAUGCCUGUUUAUGGGCAACUUGUGACACAACGUUUAUCAUGUCCGAAUUUAGCGUUUAUCAUAUUUGAAAUAUUGCAAAGAGUCUCUUAUGUUAACGUUCGUGUAAUCAUAUAAAUGUGAAUUUUAUGUAGAUAAGUCGUACAGAUUUUAGAAGCUAUUGUUGUCCGGUAAAGAUUUUUCAUGUAGGCAAUAUUUUGAGAGUUGUCACGAAGUUCUUACUUUAUGACAAAGAUUUGCAUAUAACGCGCAAACUAAAUUUUUACGUGUAAAACAGCGAUUCGUAAUCGCAAUCACGAUGUUAUUGUGAAAUUACAAGUAGUGCUAAACAAAUGUUGAAACGUUGAAAAGCAUUAAUUAUAUGACAUGUUGUUUGACACAUAAAUGUUGAUGUGCAAGGAUGCAAAUUCCAAUAAUAUUUAAAGAUGUUAAUUUCUGUUUGCCGCGAAUAUUAAACGGUUAUUACGUAUGAAAUUUUUAAUUCUUUAAAAGAUCCGUCAUUUUUUAUUUUUAAUAAAUAUUCAUAAUCCAUACUUUGGCAGUGUUUGAAGAUAAUAUACAGAAACCAAUGCUAUGUUAUUCAAGACAAUGGCCUUAAAUAUUCUUGAUGCAAAGUGUCCGAUAGUGUAAAAUUUGGCGGCGCAAGUUUUAUUUUAAUAUGACAAUUUUGUAAUAUUUGGUUUUCUUCAAGUUUUUUAAAUAUUGCAUUUUUUGAUGAUGAAUAAUGACAUUCAAGUUACACAGGAAAAACGUGUGUAUGUAUACAUAUCAAAUUACAAGUCAUUUAAUUUAUUCAAAUUUAUUAAAACACCAAUCAAUUUAUUCUUUAAUUUUGAGUUCAUUUAAAUUGAGAUAUUAGAAGACAUUAUUUAUGUGCAAGUGUAUAGAAAUUUGACAACAGAUUUUUAUCAUUACGUUAGGCCUCAUUUGUGAUGCUGACAAGUGUUGUGUUUUGAUGCUCUUGAUUGAUAACAAGAUAAUUGUUACAUCCAAUCAGCACGUAAAGCGUUUUCUAUUAUUAAGAUAUACUUAAUGUUAUAAACUCUUAUGUAAACUUUUAUAUCAAAAACAUUUUGCAAAUUUUGAACACGUUCACUAAAAUUCUGUGACAUAAUGUUCAUAUAUGAUUUUUUACAAAUAUAUGUUAUUUUUUUACAUUUCUGCCUGAUAUUUAUUUAAAACACAGAUAUACAAAAAUGGUGAUAAUGAAGCGUUAAAAAUUUCGUUUACAUUAAAUAAUGCUUUUUACUCUGAUGCACAUUGUUCUACAAUGUAUGUAACUAUGCUGAUAUUUUUACUGUUACAAUGUAUAAUAUGCUUUUAUGAUACAUAUAUUUUUGGUGACAUCCUGUAUAUAAUAAUAUCAGAAAGUCUCGUGCAUUUCCAUUGUGAGGACUGUUUAGAUCUGUAAGCUAUAGAUUGUAAAUAGGCUUAUUUUGUUGCGCCAAUUUCUACAAGUGAAUAAAACAACUUAUAAUAACGUUAUGUAUACAUGUAUUAUUAUUGUAUUAUAUAAAAUCGCACCGUGUACUGUUUUACCGUUGGAAUAAAUAAAAUAUAGCUCAAUAUAAAAUACAAAGUAAAGCAAAA